ACCUCGGUAACAUCGCUUCGUGUCGCACGAUAAAACCAGGCGGAACAGCAUUUAUUAAGCAUUUCGCUCAACAUAUGAUUUGACUUCGCACUGCAGGGCUCACUGCUAAUUGCCAUCAAUAAAGCCGAAGCGUGUUGUCGCAGCAAAUACGGACCGCCCAACUCGAACUUUAAGUAAUUGCAAUGCCACUGCAACAUAUUAUAGAAGGCGGAGUCCAAACGGCUGCGCUUGUCAUAAGCGGAAAACACAACAAAAUUAUUAUAUAAGGAGUACAUGAUUAUUUAGGAGUUGUUGGAGUAUAUAAGCACAUGUUACGGAAUUCAGCACAUUUCUUUGUAAUUUAAAAACUGCACAAUGAACACCAAACAGUUUGUAUUUCUCGUAAUUAUUUAUCAAUACACAUUCUACACAGGAGUGACCACUCUGGAGGUGCCCAAACAUAUGGUAUCAGGUGUAAAGAAAUUGACUAAUAUAUGCAUAAAGGAAUCUGGUGCCAGCGAAGAUUUAUUUAAGGAUAUCAGGGCGACGGGAGAAUUGCCCAACAAUCAAAAUUUAAAGUGUUUCAUGCAUUGUGUGCUGGACAAAAUUGGAUUGAUUGAUGAUGACAACAUCGUGCACUUGGAUAAUCUCAUUGAAAUAAUGCCACCCGAUUUUGUGCCGAUAAUCGAACAGUUGCACACAACAUGUGGCACAAAAAGUGGCGCGGAUGGCUGCGAAACGGCAUUUUUAACAAUAGAGUGUUAUAUAAAAAAAGAGCCAAUCAUAUCAAAAAUGUUGUUUUCAACAUUCGCGGAUUGAUUUUGCAAAUGAAAAUAAAUAAAUAAAUAAAUACGUAAAUAGUAAAACGGAUGUAUUAAAAAUUAAGCGCACCUGUAAAGCGAAUCGUCAAUACGCAGCAGCAGCAGGCAACGCACAAUGCGCAAGCUCUCAAUUUGCACCUUAAUCAUGGCAUCCUAAAAAGUAAUAUAUAAAAUAUAUAGCAUUAAAUAAUUGUAAAUAUAUAAAAAAAA